GCGACUUGCGGGCCGCUGGCACGGAGGGGACGACGGCCAUGGCGGACAGCGGGGCGAGCCGCCUGCGGAGGCAACUGGAGUCGGGGGGCUUCGAGGCGCGGCUGUACGUGAAGCAGCUGUCGCAGCAGUCGGACGGCGACCGCGACCUGCAGGAGCACCGGCAGCGGGUGCAGGCUCUGGCCGAGGAGACGGCGCAGAACCUGAAGCGCAACGUCUACCAGAACUACCGGCAGUUCAUCGAGACGGCGCGCGAGAUCUCCUACCUGGAGAGCGAGAUGUACCAGCUGAGCCACCUGCUGACGGAGCAGAAGAGCAGCCUGGAGAGCAUCCCGCUGGCGCUGCUGCCCGCCGCCGCCGCCGCCGCGGGCGCCGGGGAGGACCCGGCGGGGCCCCGGGAGCGCGGGGCCGGCCAGGCCGGCUUCCUGCCCGGGCCUGCGGGAACCGCGCGCGAGGGCCCCGGCGCGGGCGAGGAGGGCAAGCAGCGCACGCUCACCACGCUGCUGGAGAAGGUGGAGGGCUGCAGGGACCUGCUGGACACGCCGGGCCAGUACCUGGUGUACAACGGCGACCUGGUGGAGUACGAGGCGGACCACAUGGCGCAGCUGCAGCGCGUGCACGGCUUCCUCAUGAACGACUGCCUGCUGGUGGCCACCUGGCUGCCGCAGCGGCGGGGCAUGUACCGCUACAACGCGCUCUACCCGCUCGACCGCCUGGCUGUGGUCAACGUGAAGGACAACCCGCCCAUGAAGGACAUGUUCAAGCUGCUCAUGUUCCCCGAGAGCCGCAUCUUCCAGGCGGAAAACGCCAAGAUUAAACGGGAGUGGCUGGAAGUGCUGGAGGAAACCAAGAGGGCGCUCAGCGACAAGCGGCGUCGGGAGCAGGAGGAGGCGGCGGCCCCGCGAGCGCCGCCGCCUGCCCCUCCAAAGGGCGGCAACCCUUUCGAGGACGACGACGACAACGAGCUGGCCGUCCCCGAGGCGGAGGAGGAGAAGGUGGACCUGUCUAUGGAGUGGAUCCAGGAGCUGCCCGAAGACCUGGACGUCUGCAUCGCGCAGCGGGACUUUGAGGGCGCCGUGGACCUGCUGGACAAGCUGAAUCACUACCUGGAGGACAAGCCCAGCCCGCCGCCCGUGAAAGAGCUCCGAGCCAAGGUGGACGAGCGCGUGCGGCAGCUCACCGACGUGCUGGUGUUCGAGCUGUCCCCCGGGCGGUCGCUGAGGGGGGGGCCCAAGGCCACUCGCCGCGCCGUUUCUCAGCUGAUCCGCCUGGGCCAGUGCACCAAGGCCUGCGAGCUCUUCCUGCGAAACAGGGCGGCGGCCGUGCACACCGCCAUCCGCCAGCUCCGCAUCGAGGGCGCCACGCUGCUCUACAUUCACAAGCUGUGCCACGUCUUCUUUACCAGCCUGCUGGAGACGGCAAGGGAGUUCGAGACGGACUUUGCAGGCACCGACAGCGGCUGCUACUCGGCCUUCGUGGUCUGGGCAAGAUCAGCCAUGGGCAUGUUCGUGGACGCCUUCAGCAAGCAGGUGUUUGACAGCAAGGAGAGCCUGUCAACCGCGGCAGAGUGCGUGAAGGUGGCCAAGGAGCACUGCCAGCAGCUGGGAGAGAUUGGGCUGGACCUCACCUUCAUCGUCCAUGCCCUGCUGGUGAAGGACAUCCAGGGGGCCUUGCACAGUUACAAGGAGAUCAUCAUUGAAGCCACCAAACACCGAAACUCGGAGGAGAUGUGGCGGAGAAUGAACCUGAUGACUCCCGAGGCCCUGGGCAAGCUCAAGGAGGAGAUGAAGAGCUGCGGGGUGAGCAACUUUGAGCAGUACACCGGGGACGACUGCUGGGUGAACUUGAGCUACACUGUGGUGGCCUUCACCAAGCAGACCAUGGGCUUCCUGGAGGAGGCGCUGAAGCUGUACUUCCCAGAGCUGCACAUGGUGCUCCUGGAGAGCCUGGUGGAGGUCAUCCUGGUGGCUGUGCAGCACGUGGAUUACAGCCUGCGCUGCGAGCAGGACCCCGAGAAGAAGGCGUUCAUCAGGCAGAACGCGUCCUUUCUGUACGAAACUGUCCUCCCAGUGGUGGAGAGGAGGUUUGAGGAAGGUGUGGGGAAGCCUGCCAAGCAGCUCCAGGACCUGCGGAACGCGUCCAGACUCCUCCGUGUGAAUCCCGAGAGCACGACCUCCGUGGUCUGAGGCCCGCGGAUCGCCGCGCUUGUGUUAACAUGUACUGCCUGAGAGUUAUUUAUAUUUAUAUUUCGUUCAUUAGCACAUUCCUCAUAGUCCCAAGCAGGGUGCCAAGAACAAGUGCCGUCUUAGAAAUAGUCAAAAGGAGAAAGAAAACAUGUCAAGGCCAAAUAACAAAAAUAUUCGAAUUAUUAAAAUAUAUACUGUAUUUUCCUUUUAAAUUAUGCUACUUUUUAAUAAUGAAUGUAUGGCCACUCUGGCGUUUCAGAUUACCCUUGAGUCAAAAUACAGCACGCAUCUCUCAGUAGUACUCCCGGGGGCCUUGUACAAUUAAGAAGCCCACAGAAAUAAUGUCUGUUAAGUACAUAGUUUAAGUAUGUUGCAAAACUUUUUUAAUUCCCCAAGAUGGUAGCUUCUUAAUGGGCUAGUGCUCUGUAAACACCAGCUCCUAUACUUCCCCUCCUGAAACUAAUCAAACAACUUGAAGAAAAGAAAGGAAUUGGGAAAUUGGCUUUGGGUAAAUUGUAGUCAAAAGACUUGUUGAAAUCAGCUAGUAUGUGGAUGUCAGAUAAGGAUGCUUUCACAAAAAUAUUUCCAGCAUAAUGAUAGUGUUCUCAGUUGCUAAUUAGCCACUACAUAAUAUCUGAUUUGGGAGCAUGUAUUUAGAAGUUGUAAGGACCGUGAUCAAAUUGCUGAGGAUACUCCUGAACGAAUCUACAGCUGGAGUGUCUGCCGCUGUAAUAUUCAGUAAGAGUCAUAGUAGGAAGCAGUCAGGACCCUGGCAGCAGCCAGUGACUUCGGGCUCCCCCAGGUCCCUCACCCUACCAGGCUAAGUGUGGAGCUGCUCAGACGUCAGGCAAAUGAAAAAACUGUGUCAGGGUCUGGGUGGAAGUGGGUUUAGAAAGCAUGUGCAGUUCUCUCUGCUGAAGAGGUUUGUUUCCAGUUCGGGUUUUUACUGUAACAAAGUGAGUAACAAUGGAGAGACCAGUGUGUCUCACUGGGAAAGGACCUUUGGUGGCUCCUAGAAUGCUGUGUGCUGUGGAGGAUUUUUUUCCCCCUCUUAAAGGACUUCAGAUUACAGUGCUUACUGCAUAUUGUUCAAAAAUUAAAAUAAAAAUAAAAACCUGGGAGCUUUCCACAGUUCCUAAAGCGCUGUGAGCACUGUACAGACAACUCACCACUAGAAGUUUGCUGAGAUCCAUUUUUUCCAUAGCUUCUAGCUGCAAUUCCAGUCCAAAAUGCCAUUUUUCUAUGCCCAUGGAUUCAAAGUUUUGUUUUGCUUACCUGACCUGAAAAAAGGGGAGUAUGGAGACUGAAAUUUACUUAAAACCUAAUGGGUUCUACAUAGUGGUUCAAAGUUGUAAGACUCCUUGGUGUCAGACCAACAUUUUUCUUUUUAGCCAUAGUUGAAAACCAGAGGUUACAGAUUUUGACGAGUUUUUUUUUUGUUUUUUUGUUUUUUUUUUGUCACAUAACAUUAUCAUUUUCUGAAUAACCAUAGCUGGAUGUCUCAAAGAUAGUUAUGAUUUGUUUAUGAUCCCUAGACACUUGAAUUUCAUAAAUUUUGUGUUAUUUAUAGUUUCUAAUAUAUGAAAUGUACUAUGUAAAUACGAUGCUGAGCCCAUGAAAUGAUAGUUUCUAAAAUCCAAAGUCAUCUUAAGGCACAGAGAAAAACUUCAGUGUGUUUUCUCACAUAUGUAAAUGGCUGCGUCUUUAUGGAACUGGAAGUACAGAGCUUCCUUCUAAAAAUGUGUGUGUUCCUUAUCAAUUUCAGCUGAAGGAAGCAUGUCUUGGUAAACCUGUGUGGGGAGCUGAUAAAGGCCAGUGGAGUUGCAGCACACCUUCCUCAGAGCGAGGCAGAGCUCUUCCAGUGCUGUUCUAGUAGGCUCUAAUACAUGAUCUAAAAUUUGAAGGCAGUUAGUGUUCAGAAAUGUACUAUAAUCUUACACACACUGUGUUAGCGUUGGUUACCUUUUCUUGUUUGCCUUAAAUGUCACUGUCACAAUCACAGACCUACUGGAGAAUUACUGUUGGGAAUUCAGGCUCUGGUGACAGCCUUGUCACCAAAGUGCUCCUUCCAUUGUUUACAAUACCAGCUAGGUUCUUGCACCUUGUAUCUUAGCUGAGAUGGGGACUAUAAAAUCUGCAGCAUCCAUUUUACUUUUGAUAUGCUAAUAGGAGGUAAUCUGAAGUACCUUUUACAAUGAAAAUUUGAAAUGCUUUUGAGCUGGAUAGAAUCAAUAUUACAAUGUAGUAUCUGUUUAUCUUUUAUUAGUCUUUGUCUUUGGAGACAGUGUUUCAUGUAGCUCUGGCUGGCCUCAGGCCCACCAGACCAUUUAUGUGGUGCUGAACAGAAACCUAGGGCCUCAUGCAUUCUAGGCAAUUAUCUGUCAACUGAAUUGUAUCCCCAGACCCUUCCUUUAAUCAGUAGUAUGUUCUUGCUACUUAUUUUUUAUUUAUUUAUAUGUGGAGGAAAGUUUUUAGCUAAUUUAAAUAAAUGCUUUACUUAUUAUCAAAA